AUGUCAUUUACAGGAUCCAUUCAAGCUAUAGUUUAUCCAAGUAUAAUCUCUACUCCACAAAAGCCAACAAAAGCCUUCACUGGCGAGACUGUGUCAUUUAAGUGGCACUAUAAUUCAGGAGAUCUAAAGAAUGAUCUUUUCGAGGUGGUGUUUGGUAUUUGGAAGAGUCCUGGCUUCCUGAAAACAAAGUUGAUAGCUGUCAACUCGAGUGGUUUUGCUUCAACGAGGUCUUCACACAAGUCAUCUAUGGGUUGGGCAGGAAAUUUGACAUCCUCUGUCGCAGUGUUUGAACUUUAUAAUGUAAAACUAAAAGAUAGCAAGAAGUAUGGAAUAGUGGUGGAAUAUGGUCUCCAGCAUAACCUGUUGACCGACACAGUUCAGCUUCAAGUUAAGUCCAGACGUAAGUAAUAUCGUUGAAGACAGCUCGGAGUAUGUUGGCACUGACUCAAAAUUAAACUUUUGGAUGCUGUGAUUAUGGUACAUCUGUAGGUUAUAAGACGGAGUCCGCUGAAUAGAGGUACAUGCAUGUAUCUUCAAUGAAGGCAACAAUUGACAAGGUUAGAGGGUCAUUGUUUUGUUCUGUUGGGAUCAAAGUUAGAGUUCCUUGACCGGAGGGGUCCCUGAAUUAUCAAAAGAAAUCGAUAAAGGUAAUUUCUAGUUACAUCUAGUUACUGAGAGAUUGAUCCAGAUAAAUUUGUUUGCAGCCAUGCUUGAUCUACCGAGAAUCAUGAACGUCAGUAAACCGGCGCCGCUCAGGAAAGGACAGAACGUUAACCUUACAUGUAUUGCCCAAAGCUUGUCUCCUGUUCAAGUCAUGUGGAAAAGAAAUGACAAAGUAUUAGUCAGCGGUACUUCUCAAGCCAUACUGACCCUAAGAAAUAUUACAGCUGAGGACUGCGGCGAUUAUGUUUCUGUUGCUAAAAACACCGCCGGAGAAGAUACUAGGACUGUUAUCCUACUAGGUAAAUGGUUUCACAUAUGCUUGUCAGACGAAGUUUCUUAAGGUGAUUCCUCAAUAAAAAAAGUUAUCGAACAAUUUUUUUAAACUUUAGUUAAGUUAUCGUGCUUGUUUAGGAGAUAUAUGCCUCAGGUACUGGCACUAAUCACACGCGUCAUUUCACAGGUCUAUGGUACAUAUGGUGCAGCUGGAAGCAAGGGUUUUUAAAGUAACACUUGAAAAAACUUAAUAGGUAGAAAUUCUCGAGCGUAUGGAACAAUUUGGUUUAUAAUUUUUGGGGAAAAUCAAGCCAAUUUAAACGACAUUGACCCAAAACGUUCCACGAGUCGUUCCUUUCAAGUUCAUAAUUUGUAAUGGGCUUAGAGCACGCUUUUAGCUUUGUCUUUUUUUCCGUUCGAAGUUUUUUUUUUUUUUUUAAUUUCCCUUAUUUAAAGGGAAUAAUUUUUCAUCAAAAUUAUGUAAUAAAACUAUAGGUCACCUUCCUCGUCCAAGAGCCGAAGACCAUCGCACCUCUUUACCUGGUCUGUGGAUUGAAAAACAAUACCGUGUUCUCGGAAUGCGCGCGCUCAUUCCCCUGAUUACAUGAUUUUUAUGCGCAAUACAGGAUGCGCAGUGCAAUACUGAGGAAUCACCUUAAAAUGAAGCUUCGAGUGUUAGCCCUUCGUCAGAGCCCUUCGUUCUGACUCUCGAAAGGUCAGCUUCAGAAACUCCUUAUACGAUGGCUCAUUAUAUGGCAUUAUCAACUCAAUUGAUGAAACCAAAUUAUAUUGUCAAAUCCCUAACUGACGCAGCACUACAGUUUCUUUAGAAACUUACCCCCUUUAACGCAAGGCAAACCGACUACCACUGAUCUUGUUCAUAGAAUUUCCCCAUAAAUGAUUCUUGUUAUGUCAACUUUGCAUUCCGUUCAGUGCUCAAAUAUGGAUCCUAAAAUUCCUUCUCAUUGAUCACCUGACGAGCUAAUGAAUACACCUUUGGCCGUAGCCCUUCAUUCUAUUUCCCCUGGAAUUCCUCAUAAACAACUAAAUUUUCCUGCUUGACACAGUACUUCCGGAAAGCCCAACUAUACUGAAUUCAGACAAAAUAGUGACCAGUCCCAACUGGACGCUACGAUGGUCAGCAGCUGAAAGUGAAGGAGAGGUGCAGGUGACGUAUACAGUUUGGCAAAAACGUGAGGGUGCAGAAUCAUGGCAACUGGAAAAUGUUACAAGAAACAUAUUUCACAUUGGACUUGAGGAUAAUACAUCUUACUCGUUCGUGGUGAAAGCUUGGAACAAAUGUGGAGAGAGUAUGUUGGACAGAGACAAAAUGCUGAACAUAUCCACCAACUUUGAAAACAAAGUUACACAAGGAAACGUCAUAUCUCGCGAAACAGUUCCGACAGAAAACAUGGUUCCGACAGGUAAGAAAAUGGGUGAGAAAAAUCAUCAUUACUGCCCUAUAUGUUUCUUCUUAGACAGUUUAUUUUCGGUCAGUAGGUCACAUAAAAGUUUGCAGGUAAAUGGUGGCUGCCAUCAGACUCAAUUUUGCUCAUAGGCGUAAUUGUGUAUCUGAACGUUUCAUGGUUAUCGUAGACAAAAGGCCAUAUAAACAUGAAUGAAUAUAAAGCCCAGAAAUUGGGUUGUUUUGUAGGUGAAUGGAGAGAGAGACUACGUAACUGAAGCUUCUCGAGCACAGUGCUGGGGAGGGAAGGGGCACAAAGUAAUGACCGCGGUUAGGCUCAAAACCGCGGACAUGUCAAUCUAGUGAACCAAUCAAAACCUCACCCCAUUUCCCAGAUGUUGACUGUUUUAAAUUUCAUUCGACAGAGAGUGAGAAUGCUCUGACUCCAAUCUUCAGCAGCAGACAAAUAGACGUCGAGUCCCCGUGGAAAAUUGAAUUCAUCAUUUUAAUAGUAGUGGGCAUCAUAUUUUUCAUACUAAGUGCAAUUGUGGUUGUGCGAAAAAAAAUUAUCCAAGACAAAGAAGAUGGUCAAAGUAAGUAACUUAAAGCGUGCCCUUCGAUGGAAUGUCGUAAGACAAAAGCUGAAGUACAUGAUAUAACAGAGGCUAAUCAGGAAAAAAGGAUAAUUUUGUACUCAUAUGAAAUGGAGUCACCUAGAGUUCAAAAUCAUUCGAGCCGCCAUUGAUUUUAGUUUUGUAUCUGAUUGAUUGGGGAGUUAUUUUAGAACAAUCACAGAGCAGAGUGAAGUAAACUAUAACAAUUUAGAUAUCUUUUAAAUAAUGCAUGCCUUAUAAAUAAGUUACAUAUAGCUUAACCAUCAAUGAUGAAGAAGACAAGGAUAAAGCUUUCAGUGUUUUAAAGACGUGAAAUUACUUUAGAGUCAAAGGGAACGAGAAAUCUUCGUUAAAAAGAGUAACAAUUUCUCUAUUUUUCUCUUUAAAACUCCAUAGGACACCAAGAUUUGUGGAACGGAGGGUAGGUAUUCAAUAGCGAAUUAAUCUUUACGAGGAAUUAUUCCAAUAUCUUUCUGUCUCUUAUCAACGGGAAAUUGAAGAAAUUUAAUCAUAUGAUAUUCAGCUUUCUUUAAUUUUGUAGAUUCGCUGGAAAAAGUUGAAGUUCAACGAGUUAGACAUAAAAAAAAUAUAUGUAUUAAUAAUGGUAAUAGGACCGAGCGGAGUCCAAUUCGUUCUGUAAUUAUACGAGCGAUUAACAAAAUCGGACUACCGCGAAGCGGAGUCCUAUUGGUUUAUCACGAGGUGUCCGCUUACAGCCAACUGUCCGAUUACACCUCUACAGAAUGUUCAUUGAAAAAUGAAGCAGCUGAUGCACCAAUCAUAUUUGAGGAAAUUGUAAUGGUUAUGAUUAAAUACUGUAUCAAUCAAUGUUAUUUUUUCAUUGAUUAGGAUAAGUACUCGAAUUGAACCAAAAGUUACGUCCGGUCGAUGAGUUGAUAAACAACAAAAAUAUAGAUUUUCAUUAUUUGAUGUGUAUUGCUUUUUCAGGCAAACCUCAUUGCUUUCAAAUUUACAAGCAAAUUCUGCAUUUGAUGAGGUGGGGAAAGAAUAAUCUGUAUGGUCUCUUUUAGUGUAUACUAACACGGCUCAAGGCGUUCAAGGCGCGCUCUGAUUGGCCUCUUAAACGCCGAACAUCCCUUGUUAUUCACUUCGGAGCAACUCGCAGGGGAUUUAGGCCGAAAUAUCGUAAUCGUUACAGGAAAAAUAAGUUAAGAUCAUCUUUUUUUGCGCUAUUUAGUAUAUACUUAAACAACCAUCCACCUCCGAGUCAGAGUCGGUGGUUAACGUGAAUAAUUGCCUCGCCGCUUCGCGGCUUGGUAAACACCCACAGCAGCAGCAUUCAUCUACCACAAAACUUUCUCCACUUUGGUGAAUACUUAUAAGCUACCGUUGAUUUAAUCCAAAGAUUGUUUCACUAUUACUAUUCCCAGUUGUUCUCAUUGCCACAAAAAGGUCGAAUGCUCCAUGAUAGUUUGGUUUUGUCGGCUGAGUUGAUAAUGCGAAUUAGCCACCAUGAAGAGAUUAAGGUCACCUUUGUUGGAAUGGCAUCCUGAAAUUCAGUCAUGCCAAGAACAAAAACCGAUCCAUACGCAGAUCGACUCACUACAAGUACCACCCAGUCCUGAAAAAUUGAAGAAUGAGAAUUGCUAAACUUACUGAUAUAAUCUUUUUUAUCCUUUACGUAACCUCAUCGCCUCCAGAGACUUAAAUAUCUAACCUCCAACAACAUCAGUUUAUAAAUAAUUUGUUUGCAGGUUAAUGAGAGUUCUUCAGAAACAGAACCAGUGACGACAGUGAUGACUUCACUGGGACUUUCACAAUCCUCGUUGACGAGAGAACAACCAGUAUCAGCAAUGGUGGCUAAAACUGAGGAAGGAACAAGAGAGAGACCCGAGAUGAGCUCCGUUGCUGCUGCAUGCUCCUCUGGUCAGCAGGUCAUGUCUUUAGCGACGUUUUCCUCACGUGAAAAUUACGAGAGUUCUUCAGAAAGAGAACCAGUGACGACAGUGAUGACUUCACUGGGACUUUCACAAUCCUCGUUGACGAGAGAACAACCAGUAUCAGCAAUAGUGGCAAACACUGAGGAAGGGACAAGAGAGAGACCCGAGAUGAGCUCCGUUGCUGCUGCAUGCUCAUCUGGUCAGCAGGUUAUGUCUUUUACGACGUUUUCUUCACGCGAAAAUUAUGAGGCGUUGCACAACUCCACUGAAGUGAACGCCCAAGUUGCAGCAGCUCCAAAUGCAGAGAAUGAAAACAUUGUCCAAGUUCAAGAGGAAACAGUCCGAAGUCCCGACACGUUCAGAAACAAACCUCCAAAUAACACAACUCAAGGAGUGAAUCAUUCAGAAGAUUACCUGCAACCGGUGGAGCACUUACACUUACAAGCUGCGUUUCAAAACGGAAAUAGCUCCCGAUGUUGUCGUGGAAAGAUACAAACCUUGCCUCAAGGUCGUCCUGCACCUAAGCCCAGAGGAAAAUUGUCCACGUUUGCGGGAAUGACGUCAAAUUCACGCAGGCAAGGGUUUCAACAACGUGCAGAUGUCGAACGAGUUAACCAAUCAAGGUUCUGCACUCCUCAUCCAAGAGUUCUACAAAGAGAACACAGUUAUCAGAAUGAUAGAUGUGCAGCAACCCCGUAUGAGAGCCCAAGAUGUCCACAAUCAGUUUUACCUUCUACUUCCAGGAGGGAGUCACCAUACACGAAAGUGCAGAACAACACCAACUGGGAAGUGCCCAGCGGACGCCUGAGACUAUUUAAAAGGAUCGGCGGUGGAACAUUCGGUCAAGUGUGGGAAGGUGCUGUGUUGGAUGUGCGUAAUACUCAAGGCUGGUCUACUGUAGCUGUUAAAAUGCUAAAGGGUACGUGCUACUGCUAACAAAAUAUAAAAAUGCCUAUAAAUCCGUACUGACUAUGGAUAGCUUUUAAGGCGAAAGGACGGAGCACUACAUCUAAUACCUCAUAUAAUUCUCUCAGAGGUGCUUGCAUGCACUGCUAAAAAUCUUAGAUUCGUAAAUGAUAUUUAAAAUUUAAGAUGCAUUAUCGUUCUCUAAUGAGUGAGGAAUUAGUAGCAUGUGCUGCUGGAUCACCAGUAACAAGAAUUGAUAGAGGCACAUUUUAAUGCAAGCAGUACUUCUUCAAAAAGAAGGAAAGAGUUUUGUGUCGUAUCAAUAAGUUAUUGAGGAAGUCGCAACUCAAUCAGAAAAAAACUCUUCAUUUUUGUGCAAGGAUAUGCCAGAAAGUAAAAGCCUCACAACAAAAACUUUGAAACGAAAAAUUAUUUGGACCAAGUUUUCUGGAGAAACGAAUGAACAAGAUUAAGUUAGAAAUACUGUAACUAAAGUUUUCGUGACAUUCGCUGUUCUAGAAAAUUCCUCGAAGUCGGAUCGAAUGGAUUUGUUGUCAGAGCUGGACUUGUUGAAGAAACUUAAACCUCAUCCUAACGUGAUACAAUUGUUGGGCUGCUUGACUAAAGACGUACUCCGAUGUAAAGGAAGGCGUGAAUUUAGUGAGUUGGAUUAUUUCCAUCCUACAUGCGCGAAGUAAAGAUAUAGUCGGGAGAGGAAAAUUUUGUCUCUGUUAUAUCAAAACUGAAAAAUUUGUACCCUGAAAUGAUUUGAUUUCUUCGUUUGCUAUUGUUGCUUCUUUGUUUGUCUGUUUGUUUGUUUUUUUCAUAACCACACCCCGGUUGCGUUCUUCGACGAGACGAGGAGACUGGGACAGUCGUUUUUACUUCAGAAAUUUCAAAAACCAGAGCUGAUCGGAAAUAAAAAAUUAUUUAUAUAAACGGCUAAAUGCAGUUAUUUGAUGGCCAGUGUAAGAAAAUCGAUCUUUGUCAGAAUGCCAUUGUAUAACUUUAACUCCAAGGAUUCAUUUUCUUUGCACAUUCAGGGCCGCCUCUUGUUAUUCUGGAGUUUGUCCCUCAUGGUGAUCUCCUUGGAUAUCUGAAGAAAAGUAGAGGCGAGACAGAUGACUACUACGACGUUAAAUGUGCAGAAACUGCAUUGAAAAUACCAACAGAACAACUUUACAAAUUCGCUUGUGAUAUUGCCCGGGGAAUGGCGUUCAUAUCGGCUCACCAGGUGUCGUAUUUCACUUAAUCUGUUCCAUUUUUAUGACACGUGAUAUAUUUAACAAUUGCUCAGGGACAUAUCUAACGAUGAAAUAUCUAGCCACUGCCACGGUGAAAAGUUGUGUAAGUAUAUACUAAAAUACUCAGAUAACAUAGCACAAAAAGAUUAUUUUAUCUAAUUUAUUACUGCAACGAUUACGAUAUUUUCGGGCUCAAAUCCCGCGCGAGUUGUUCAGAGGUCAAUAGCAAAGGAUAAUUGGAGUUUGAGUAGCCAAUCAGAACGCGUCUUCAACACCAUCCACUGUUUAGUAUAUACUAAACUCGAGUGUACACUUCGUCGAUAAGCGAUAUUUCAAUUUUUUUAUACUUCUAACUUUCAUACUACCAGACAUUUCAUUCUCAUGUUAAGAACACUUGAGGAAACUAACUUAACAUGGACAAACACAAAGUUAAGAAUUAAGAAUAAGAGGUGCAAGUCUUUGUCAAAAUUAAAAAUACAACAUUUCAAACUGAACUGAGAAAACCUUCGUGAAAUUAAAUUCUCAAUGAGUAACGAUUAUUCAAAACGAUGGAGAUGAGAAAUUUAUUACACGAGGUUAAACACUGGGCGAAAUAUUAUUCAUCAAAUUGUUUGUUCACUUGUAGUUCGUUCACCGAGACUUAGCAGCGAGGAAUGUGUUGGUUGGCGAGGGUCUGCACUGUAAAAUCACUGACUUUGGAAUGGCGAGAGAUCUUGGCAAAGAUAAAAUUUAUGUCAAGAGGUCCAAUGUAAGUAAGCAUGUACCCACUAACAGGUACAGUGAGUGCGUGCUGCUCCCCCUCACCCCCCCCUUCCGCGACCUUUCAAAUUCGUUACUUCUCAGACUUUAUAACAUUGAUCCUAGUAUCUCAAACUUAUGGAAGUUAGAAAUUUUUUGACAACUGAACUUACAAAACACUCAUUCUGGUUCUAUGUUAAAUUUUUAUUGCGUUAUUUCAUAGGGAGUUGUACCAGUGAAGUGGAUGGCAGUUGAAUCACUCACAAAACAAGUUUUUACCCCAGAAAGUGAUGUGUAAGUAGAUUGAUGAGCUUGAAGUAAAAGUGAUAACACUUUCCAAAGGAAUAUUAACUCAGCGCUCUUUUUAAGAAUUCAAUGUCUCUUUAGCGUGAAAUCAAAUCUUCAUGUUUCCCGCCCGACUGUUUCCUGCUUCCUUCCUCUCUUUAGCGUGAAAUCAAAUCUUCAUGUUUCCCGCCCGACUGUUUCCUACUGAGCAGUAACCUGAUCAUGCAAGAAAGCGAGAAAAGUUCUUUGUAUGUGAUAGAUUUUUCGAUGGUCUAUAUUACAAGAGACUCUCCGCAAACUAAAAAUAGUGAUAAUCGUCUGAGACAGAUAGCGGUAAUAUAAUACACAUAUUUUUUUUUUGUCUUUCCUUUUUUUUUAGGUGGAGUUAUGGAAUCGUCCUACAUGAGAUAUUCACCCUCGGUAAUUGGAAUUUUUCUAGGUUUUUGGGAGACUUGAGGUUAUUUGGACUCGGAGUAAGAAAAGUAAGAUGGCAGAGAAAGCCAGAGGAAAACAGGAUAUCAACCUAACUAGGUCACUUCUUGUCGAGGAGGCCUGACAAUCACCCGUGUCGGGAGCUGAUUAUAGACUGUUAAACUGGAAUUUCGAAUGCGAUCGUGGGGGGCUGCUAUCGAACCUGCAAACAGAGAGUAUCAUUGUGAUCAAUCGGAUGUGGGUAGUCCUGGAAAGAACAAUGCGAGUGAAAGUCAUCAUCAGAGGUCUCUGUGAAGGAGAUUCGAGGAUGUUGAUAAGUCAACCAUUGUCACUGACAACAAUCCUUUCCAGAACUACUCUAAUCUAGACGUGUAGUCUACACAAUCAACUGCUGCCUGAGGUUUCAAACCUUUCACUCUACUAAAAAGAAAAUUUGCAAGUCUGUUAUUACUCAGUACUAUCUUUUCUACAGAACCUUUUUCUUCAGCUUUCUGAGAGCUGACAUCUUUUAAGUUCUUCGCGAGCAUACAAACUUCUACUCUUUUUCUGAGUCAAAUACGCAGUGUUUUUUAUCUUUGCAGGGGGGAACCCUUACGAUGGAAUGAGCGGACAAGAAGUCUUUACGUACGUGUUGCAUGGUCAUAAAUUGCGAAGGUCGUCAGGCGUGAGCCGAGAAUUGUACGUAGAAUCACGUUACAUCUAGAUUCACACGUAUAAAUAGGCCUCACUUAUGAAUAGGCCUAUUCAUAAGAGAGACCUUGACCUUGAAGAGAGAGGCAAAAGUUUUCUGAACCAAUCAAAUGGCAAAGUAAAGCAAAACCAAUAUAAUCCGGAUAACUUUCGACAAUCAGUUGAAAAUUGCUGCAGUAAAAGCUAUAGUUGAGUAAGUGUUUCAUACAUGGAAAUAAUGCUCCAAAAGGCUCUACUGACCUGAGGAAUGUAUUUUUAUUUUACCUUGCACUCGUAUAAAACACCGGAUUUUUGACCCAACAGUUCAAAUCGUCAUACUAUUUGUUUUUUUUAACAAGUCGCUGGUUAUGUGGAGUUUUGGUGAGUAAAGACUGACUCAUGACUUCACAGAUAUCUUUAAUUGGUUACGUCUGUGUUUACAUUAUAAAAAACAAAUUCCCCUGAAUUUAUAGCCGUUUUGACAGUUGGGUUUUUGGUUUUACCCCGCGAAAACUGAUCAUUAAAGCAGAAAAAGGAAAUGUUUCUACAUUCAUUCGGACAACUUGCUAUCUUAACAACAUGAUCACUUGAUUCCCACAGGUAUAAAUUGAUGCUUCAGUGCUGGGACCAAGAGCCAUCUAGGCGACCGACAUUCGAAUCAGUUACGUCGUGGAUGGAAAAUUUAGCGCAUUCUCACUGUACAGAAAGUCGGAAAACCUCCCAAAUUAUAAGCUGGGCGUAA